CUCAUCCAGCAAGACUUAUAUUAGCUCUUGUUACCAUGCAGACAUUAUUUCGUGCCAAGUGUUUUCGGCGCCUGGCAAUCCCUGGUUCUGUGAGAGUACUGCAUAAAGAUUAUAGGACAGUGCCCCCUCAGAACUUUACCAACUAUGAAUCCAUGAAACAGGAAUUCAAACUGGAGAUUCCAGAGUAUUUCAACUUUGCUAAAGAUGUCCUGGACCAAUGGACAAAUAUGGAAAAGGCUGGAAAGAGACCUUCCAAUCCAGCCUUCUGGUGGAUAAAUGGAAAUGGGGAAGAAGUGAGAUGGAGUUUUGAGGAACUGGGAUCUUUGUCUAGGAAAUUUGCCAAUAUACUUACUGAAGCCUGUGCCCUGCAAAGAGGAGAUCGAGUAAUUGUGAUUCUGCCCAAGAUCCCAGAAUGGUGGCUUGCGAAUGUAGCCUGUCUGCGAACAGGAACAGUUUUAAUUCCAGGAACUACUCAGCUGACCCAGAAAGACAUUCUCUACAGACUACAAUCUUCGAAAGCAAAGUGCAUCAUCACCAAUGAAGUUUUAGCCUCAGCAGUAGAUGCUGUUGCAUCUAAAUGUGAGAAUCUGCACUCCAAGCUAAUUGUAUCUCAAAAACCCAAAGAUGGGUGGGGGAACCUCAAGGAGAUGAUAAAACACGCCAGUGACAACCACACCUGUGUGAAUACAAAACACGAUGAGAUGAUGGCCAUUUACUUCACCAGUGGAACAAGCGGAUCUCCUAAAAUGACUGGUCACAGCCACAGCAGUUUUGGUUUAGGAUUAUCUGUAAAUGGAAGGUUCUGGCUGGAUUUGACACCUUCAGAUGUGAUAUGGAAUACCUCAGACACAGGUUGGGCAAAGUCUGCUUGGAGUAGUGUCUUUUCUCCAUGGAUCCAGGGAGCAUGCGUAUUUGCACAUUACUUGCCACUGUUUUGAUUUACUUCUACAUUGCAGACACUUUCCAAGUUUCCCAUCACAGUCUUUUGUUCAGCACCGACUGCAUACCGAAUGCUCAUACAGAGUGAUAUGACCAGCUAUAAGUUCAAAAGCUUAAAGCACUGUGUGAGUGCGGGCGAACCAAUCAAUCCUGAAGUUACUGAACAAUGGAGAAAAAGGACAGGUCUGGAUAUCUACGAAGGAUAUGGACAGACUGAAACGGUGCUGAUCUGUGGAAAUUUUAAGGGAAUGAAAAUUAAGCCUGGCUCAAUGGGAAAGCCGUCUCCUGCUUUUGAUGUUAAGAUUUUAGAUGUAAAUGGCAAUGUUCUACCUCCGGGACAAGAAGGAGAUAUUGGCAUUCAAGUUCUACCUAACCGACCAUUUGGCCUUUUUACUCAUUAUGUAGAUAAUCCCACAAAAACCGCUUCAACCCUACGAGGCAAUUUCUACAUCACUGGGGAUCGGGGCUAUAUGGAUGAAGAUGGCUAUUUCUGGUUUGUUGCAAGAUCAGAUGAUAUCAUAUUAUCCUCUGGUUACAGAAUUGGACCAUUUGAGGUAGAAAGUGCCCUCACUGAACAUCCUGCAGUUGCAGAGGCAGCUGUUGUCAGCAGCCCAGACCCCAUCAGGGGAGAGGUAGUAAAGGCUUUUAUUGUUUUGACCCCUGAUUAUAAGUCAUGUGACCAAGAACAACUGAAAAAGGAGAUUCAGGAGCAUGUAAAAAAAACUACAGCACCUUACAAAUAUCCCAGAAAGGUAGAAUUUAUUCAAGAGCUGCCAAAGACUAUCAGUGGGAAGAUAAAGAGAAAUGAACUGAGGAAGAAAGAAUGGGAAACAAUUUAAAUCCAUUCUAUUAUUUAUCACAGUAUCUAUAAAACAAAGACAAACCACAAUGUUCUGGAGAGGUGAUUAAAAAUGUGAUAAUAUACUUGUAAAUUGUUGAUUUAAAGUAUCUCAUAAAAAAAUAAAAUAUCUUAUGAUUGGGGCACCUGACUGGCUCAGUCAGUAGAGCAUGUGAAUCGAUCUCAGGGUUGUAAGCUUAAGCCCCACAUUCAGUGUAGAGAUUAGUUAAAAAGUUAAAUCUUUAAAAAAAAUAAAACAUCUUAUGGUUAUAACAUCAGAGGGUAAGUUUUGAAAUAAAAUAUUCAGUAAAUUCCUCUGUAUUAGUGUCAAUGUUCUCAUGAUUUUGAUAUGAAAAGAAUACCAUCAAUUGCUGAGAAAUUUUUAGACAUAUAGUAUCUGAACCAAAUUGCCAACCUGUUGGUUUUCAAAUUCUAGUUAAAUAAUAUUUCUGAUGUUAAUAUACAAAUCAGAACAAAUCUUCAAGUUUUGAAAUAUAACUAAACAACUUAUUAUUAGAAAAACAAAAAUAUUGGUUAGAAGAUUAUCAUAAUUCUUAAAGUAUAAGUAUCUACCUGAAAAUAGGCUAGCGAUUUUUAUUAGUCAUAUUUUUAUUGAAAUAUCUUAAAAUAUCUCAAAUUUAUUCCAAGGUCUAAGUAUAAAAGAAGGACAUCAUAUACUACUGUUGCUUAUAUCUAAUCUAAUAAAUGCAGUGUACAAGAUA